AUGAAGAUAGACAUGAUCUUGGAAUCUCUACCGAAUAGCUUUAGUCAGUUCAAAAUGAACUAUAAUAUGAACAAACUAAAGCUUACUCCUGUUGAACUGAUGCACGAGCUUGAGAGUGCUGAAAGGUCUCUCGGGAAGCAAGAAAGUGCUUAUCAUGCUGAAAGUUCUUCAAAGCCUAAAAGGAAGCCUAAGGGUGGAAAGAAGAACAAGAAGCAGAAGGGAACAGGUCCAGCUGUCAAACCGGCUGCAAUGAAGAAGCCGAAAGAUUUUAAGAGGAAUUUGGUUUCUCCUGUACAUGUACAACAACCAGUACAACAAACUCGUAGUGGGAGAAUGAUACGUAAACCUGCAAGGUAUGCCUUGUUAGGAGAGACUUAUCAAGUCGUUUUGGAUAAUCCUGAUGAUGACCCUACCACAUACAGAGAGGCAUUGGAAGAUGUUGAUGUGCAAGAAUAG